AAGAAAAAAAAAUGAAUCACCAAAUGCGUAUUGAAUUGGAUGAAGAGAAAAAAAUGAAUCAUGAAAUGAAUAUGGAAUUGGAUGAAGAAAAAAAGAUAAACAAAGAAAUAAAUAUACUAUUAGAAGAAAACAAAAACAAAAUUAUACAAAUAAAUUCUUGUCUACAAAAAGAAAAAGAAAUAAACGAACUAUUAAAUAUCCAAUUAGAAGAUAAAAAAAAUAACAUUCAAGAGCUUAAUAUUAAAUUAGAAGAUGAAAAAAAAUUGAAUGAACAAAUAAAUGUAACAUUGGAAAAUAAAAUAAAUAAUAUUCAAGAGUUAAAUAUUAAAUUAGAAGAUGAAAAAAAAUUGAAUGAACAAAUAAAUAUAACAUUGGAAAAUAAAAUAAAUAACAUUCAAGAGUUAAAUAUUAAAUUAGAAGAUGAAAAAAAAAUGAAUCAACAAAUAAAUAUACAAUUGGAGGAAGAAAAAAACAAAAUUAUACAAAUAAAUUCUCAUUUAAAAAAAGAAAAAGAAAUAAAUGAAGAAUUAAAUAUUCUACUAGAAAAUAAAAAAAAUAACAUUCAAGAAAUUACUAUUAAAUUAGAAGAACAAAAAAAAGUAAAUGCAGAACAAUAUAUACAAU